UCGCUUCCGGCUCCGGCGUGAGGUUUGAUGUCGACGGAGUGGUUUUUGCUUAGCGUCUUGAAGGGGUAAUUUAUCCGGCUCCAACCUCCGGAACCGCCAGUUACUGACCUGUUCCUUCAUUUAUACAUUCAUUCAGUCACUCGGCCUCUCAUUCAGUAGCACACGUUGAGGGAUUACAACAAUGAUCCCACGUUGAGCUUUCAUUCUAAGAGCUGUUUAUAGAUUAUCUCGUUGAACCCUUGACAGCAAUCCCGUGACACAGGGACUAACAGCACCAGUCUGACGGUUGAAAAACAGGCCAGUGGGUUUAUGUAACGAAGCCAACGUUAGUUAGCAAGUAGUGAGUCUAAGCACCGGAUUUAAGGGGUCACUGCGCACCGGUAGAUAACAAAGAUGAGGAGGACGUAACCUAGUCUCUGCCCUUCAAACACCCAAGGUUUAUUUUGAGUAAAGAUCGCUAAAAAGGUCAGGAACAAUUUAGAGAGUUAAAUACAAUGACACUUCCUAGCCUGACUUAGUAGUCCGUCAAUAUGUAUUUCUUCAAGACGAAAAUUAUUAUAUCAGCGAAAUAGCAUCAAAGAGGGCUUUAUGCUGUUAAAAAUACUUGCAAGCAUAGUUCGGAAACAUUUUUAAAAGACACUUUUUAAAGUGUCUCAUUAAUAUGACAAAUUUCCUUCUGAAAUGAAGAUUUUAAAGUAUAAUCCUCUACUACAACCGCUGAUAUUUUUUGUUCUGUGAAAAGCCUGUCUAUGAAUUUGCGAGGCUCCUUGUCAAGGAACCUUAACUUUAUAAUGAAGUAGUUUUUACAGUUGCUGACUUAAUUAUUCAUAGAGAUGAAUAACCUAGAAAGCAGAGUUAUAUUAAAUAAAAAACAUUGGUUUUAAAACAAGGUAUGAGUUAUAAUAAAAUAUCAGUUAUCUGUUAAAUCUGGUCUUCAAGAGCUACUCAAGUAUACAGCAUUGUUGGUAUAUGUCAUGUAUUUCUAAGAUAGUUUCGGAAUACCUAAGAAUUCGUGGCACUCAGAAGUUUUUUGCUGGUCUUAAAAUGAGGAAAUCCACAUUUUGUGUAAAAACAAAGAUACUUACGGUGUUUAAUGGUCAGCCCAAAUAAUAAGACUUGCUGCUAAUAUAUGAAGAGUUACACCCCCCAAAAAAGAAAAAAGAUUAACAGUAGAACAGUUUUUUCAAAAUAAUGUUAGCCUCUUAGUUUUCAUUUUUUUUAAUGGGGAAUACUGUUUUUCAGUGAUUAAUUUAAAAUCUGAUAUUUGAUCAUGAAAAAUGAAUCAUGUUAAAAUAACCUUCACCUCCUCCCCACAUUGACACAAAAGUUACCGAGUGAUUAUAUGUGAUUAUCUUUUGACCCCACUCUUAGAAGUUCUCACAAUUUGUAGAGAAUCAAUUCGCACGUUUUGUGUCUCUUAAAGGGGAAAAAAAUCCUCUAAGCUGGUGAUUUUACAUUCUUUGACAAACUUCAAUAUCAAUAGGCAACGAUACCACUUUAAGAAAAUUCCAAGGAAAAGAUCUCAUUUUAAAAUUCCCACCUCUGGCUCCCAAGGAUUGGUUUGCAAACUUCGACAAAAUACUCUUCUCCACUCGCUAUUGGUGAGUGCUCUAUCAUUCAUUCUUUUGCCUGAAGUUUUGUGAGGUACCCGCUUGCUUUACGGGAGAAGGCUGCUCCGGAACUGCCCUACUUGAGACUUUUUCAUGGUUAUCAAUCUGUACAAAGAAUCACCAAACUGAUAAAGCAGGAACCAGAGGGCAAAUCACGCUGCCAAGACAACUGUGUAAUUCGCUCGAAAAAGAAACGGUGGCCUCUCCAGCAGACUAGGUAAACUGGCAAAGGAUUUUACGACAUAGUUGGAGAUUGGAGAGUUACAGAAACUUUUCCGGGUUUUUACAAGUUUUAAAGGAGUGAUUGAGUGUCAAAGGGAAAGCAGAGAAAAUACAGGCACAAUUGAAAGACAGCAGGAGGAAGAGCGUUCAGAGAGCAUUUUUCCCUUUUGGGUGAAGUUUGAAAGCAUCAUGCCCAGAUUAUCAGUGGAUUUUUGAAAGGUAAAGGAGGCAAGAUGGAAUCUCGCUCUGUCACCCAGGCUGGAGUAUAGUGGUGUGAUCUUGGCUCACUGCAACCUCUGCCUCCCAGGUUCAAAGAAUUCUCCUGCCUCAGCCUCUCAAGUAGCUGGAAUUACAGGUCUGGCAGAAGGAACAGUAUCAACUGACUGAGUAGGUCUCACUGGCAGUUGUGAUUCAGAGGCCUAGAAAGCUGAACCCAUGCCUGGCAGGAAGAGGAUGGUUUGUGGGACCUGGGCUGAUGUCUGAUGAAAUUUUAAGCCCCAGCUAUAGCUACUACAAAGAAAAGUGGCUGAUGAUAAGCAUGUAACUCAAAAAGACAAUGUAUAUAAAAAUAUGCAAGAAUCACAGGAAACCCACAUAUCCGACCACCUAGAUGAAGUUGUUGCUGCUGUUAGCAUCACUCAUAGAAAGAAGUUCCAAAACAAGCUGCCUCAGACAGCACUAUUCCAGCCUCCUCGAGAGAAACUCCACCUCUGUGAAGAGAAAGCAAAGUCCUAUUCCAACAGUCAUGAAUACAAACAGGCCGUCCACGAGCUUGUGCGUUGCGUAGCACUGACAAGAAUUUGCUAUGGAGACUCACAUUGGAAACUAGCAGAGGCACAUGUUAAUCUGGCUCAAGGCUACCUCCAGCUGAAAGGACUGUCACUGCAAGCGAAACAACAUGCAGAAAAAGCCAAACAAAUCCUCGCCAACUCCAUUGUGCCUCCCUAUAACGAGAAUACAGAUGUUUUCAAGUUUUCCAUUGAACUUUUCCAUACCAUGGGCAGAGCUUUACUCUCCCUUCAAAAAUUUAAGGAAGCUUCAGAGAAUUUGACAAAAGCAGAGAGGCUUUCAAAAGAGCUGCUGCAAUGUGGAAGGAUUAUAAAGGAAGAAUGGAUAGAAAUUGAAGCACGGAUCAGAUUAUCAUUUGCACAGGUGUGUCAAGGUCAGAAGAAAUCAAAAGAAGCUUUGUCCCACUAUCAAGCAGCUUUGGAAUAUGUUGAGAUCAGUAAAGGUGAAACAAGUCAUGAGUGUGUACCCAUAUUGAGAGAAUUAGCAGGUGUAGAGCAAGCCCUGGGACUCCACGAUGUAUCCAUCAACCACUUCCUCCAGGCACAUCUCAUCAUCCUGAGUAGAAGCCCCUCUCAAGUGGAGGCAGCACACUCCGCACACAUCGUCGCCCACGCUGCUGUCGCUUCAGGGAGACAUGAGCACCAUGAUGUAGCUGAGCAGUAUUUUCAAGAGAGCAUGGCUCAUCUUAAGGAUUCUGAAGGGAUGGGAAGAACCAAAUUUCUUUCAAUUCAAGAUGAAUUUUGCCAUUUUCUACAAAUGACUGGACAAAAAGAGAGAGCAACCUCGAUCCUGAGAGAGUCCCUGGAAGCCAAAGUGGAAGCAUUUGGCGAUUUCAGUCCCGAGGUGGCAGAGACAUACCGGCUCCUGGGAGGAGCAGACCUGGCGCAGGGGAACCACAGUGGGGCCCACAAGAAACUGAAGAAGCUUGAAAGACCUCAAAGACCUCAGGGAAAGACUGACAGGCCUGGCUUGAAUCCAGGGCCCACCCCUGGCUCAGUCAGCCAAGGCCAGGAGAGUGUUGUUGUGGAGAAGGAUGAUGGUGCCCUGCUCCAGUACAGUGGCCAAGGGAUGGAACAAAGUCGUGGGGGGAGUCGAGGGAUGUCGAUAAGGACAUUAAGAACCCAUGGGACUUGGCAACCUGGAGGUGAGGAGUGAGGGAGACAGCAAGGAUGACAUCCAUGCCCCCAGGGCUGGCACCCAGGAGAUACUCAGGGAGAGCUUUCUGAAAGAGUCCGUUCUGAGGCGUUGUGCGGGUGGCAGUGUCUGGACCUCACCCCCUUUCUCCUUCAUCUCCCAUUUCCCUGCAAAGCCCAGGAUCCCCCUUCCCACCUUCCCUGUGUUUCUCUCAUGAGAGGCUCCCUACCCACCCACCAGUGCCUCAGUCCUCUGGUCAUAGGAUCAGUGGCCCUCCAAGUAAGGGAGCUGCAGGGCUGUGUGAGAGGGACAGACAGAGACAGAGAGAGAGAGAGACAGAGACGGAGAGACGGACAUAGACCGAGAGAAAGAGGAUGCAGGGGUGUGGCCUCUCAAACAAACACUCGGAAUUCUCCCUGUGAGCCCACCACCACCACCACCACCACCACCCGCCAUCUCCACCACCACCCGCCAUCUCCACCACCUCCCGCCAUCUCCACCACCUCCCGCCAUCUCCACCACCUCCCGCCAUCUCCACCACCUCCCUCCAUCCCCAUCCUGCCCUGUUUGUUCUUCACCUGCCAACUCCCCAGUCCUCAGGUGUCACUCCAGUGUCACCUCCUCACAUAGGCCUCUGCUGGCCCAGGUACCCUGGAUCGACCACCACCAAGACCCUCCAGUAUUCAUUCAUAGCCCCGUCAUCUUCUUUUUUCUUUUGUAGCUCUUAUCACAAGUUGUUAUGACAUGUUUAUUUAUGUAUUUUAAAAAUCUCCCUCUCCGCCACUCCAUUAGAAGCCCCCUGAGAGCAAGGCUCACUGCUGCCCAUUCUCCACUCCAUCCCCGAAGUAGCCACAGGGUUGGCGUGUUGCUGGUGUUCAGCAGACACCUGCUUCAGAAAGUGGCAAAUGUGGAUGAAGACGUGGGUCCAGCCAGGAUGAGGCUGGUUUCUGGGUGGCUCAGAAAAACCACCCACUACCCCUGACUGUAUUUCUGUAGGGGAAGGCUGUCUGAUGGAUUACGUUUUGGUUUAUUCCUUCAGUUCCCCCAAGUUAGUCAUUUCUGCCUGCCUUGUAAUGGUUGGUAAAUGAAAGCAUACUUGUAUUUCUUGAAAGAUUUAUCACAUUUCACGCUUCCAAGUAGUAAGGCUUCCGAAGUCAUCUUUUCUCUUAAUAUCAGCCUUGAGAAUUGAUGUGAAAACAGAAGCACAAUUUUCAAGUUUCUGAGUAAUUUCUCCCCCGUGGACAUAAUCUGGCAUUGGAUAAUGUGUGUAAAGAAGAGUAGUGAUUUCAGAUCCUCAGCAUUAGAGCAGUUUUUUAAAGUUUACCUUUCUUUAGCUUUUUCAUUUCAUGUAAGUACAAAAUACAAUAGCUUGACAAGCCUGGCUUGGAACCUUACCAGGAAUGAAUAGUAUGCUUUUCUCAAUUUUCUGUUAUGGAGUCAUGUAGCCUUGUAACUUAAAUGACCCUUUAGUUGCAGUCUUUGCUGCACUGUCUCCAUUAAUAAAUAGGAUGUGUUCCAUUGGUACCUUCAUCAUCUGAAAUUCCUCAAUAGAUGUUAUGAUGCAAUUCUGGGACCUUAGGCAGGAGGUUAAGGGAGGAAGGGAGACACCACCAAUCUACUUCUGCAGGAUGCUGCUAUGAAAAUGGCCCUGAGUAACAACUGUACAUUUUCACAGAUCCCCCUAAAACAGAAAAUAUUCCUCCUGAGUUUGGGUAUUGAAUUACUGUGGGUUUUUAAAUGAGAGUAUACCGAGUCACCUAACCCUGAUCCCCUAGCUGCCACUGAGCCACCCCUCUGUCCACACUGGGAAGGGUGUUAGCGCAAAGGCACCACAGCUAAGAGGAUGGCUAACUGACGGCACCUAUCCCAGCUUUCUUGGCUCCUGGGCUCCUUAGACUCCUAGCUUUCAAACCUCAAAGUCAUGUCAAAAAGAAUUCUGAAAGUUUGCAUCAAAUGCUUAAGAUUGUCUCUCAACUACCCCAGCUUUCCGAAUGAGUCCUAAGAGUAAGCAGCAAAUAGUGAACAGCAGUCUUUCUCCUGUUGAAGGCUGGACUGUAAUUUCAAGGGUUUUUAACACCACAUACCCAAUGGAACUUCCCUAGCAGAGGUUUUAGUAACUGAUGAGCCACUGGAGCCCUAGGAUCCAACUGUGUCUUAAGGAGUCUACAGGCUCCAUGUAAGAAUCUCCCCAGCUUACAUGUUUGUCCUAUUUAAUCAUUCACUCACUUAGCAACUGCUGCAUCGGCUUGUGUGCCAGGGGUUGUGCAAGGCCCUGGAACACAGUGGUGAGCAAGACAAACAUGGCCCCAUUUAGGGACAGCCUGCAGGCUGGUAUAAAGGCAGACAUUCCCUUUUGUCUUCCUGCAAGGGAAAGAAAAGCUCCCUGUUUGGUAUUUAAGGAAUAAUAGAAACACAAGUGACUUCUCACAACCCUGCAUAUAAAAUCAAAGAGAAUAAGAGCAAUGUAAUGAAUGGCUCCUAAAAUUCAUCUGGACACUCAGGAGUUCAGUUUAUUGUUCACUUUAAAGAAAAGUGAGAAACACCCCUUAGUGGCUGAUUUCAAGGAGCAGCAUAUCUGCCUCUCAGAAGAAUCUGGGGAGCACAGAAUACCUUUAUUUAUGGUGGAGAAUGUUCUACUGUCAAGGUUUGGUGAGUUCUUUACUUAGCUCAGCGACAUGUUUACAAUGCCUGGCUCCAGUAGGUUCAAUUAACAUUUACUGACUUCCUGUCAAUGCCUGUGUUUUUAACAAAAGAAUCAAAACACCUACUUCACACAAAAAUGCUUAAGUAAAUUUAGCUAAGAAGAGCAGAAUGUUGAAAAAUUCAAUUUAUGUUUCUUAGAUAAAUAUAUAGCUAUAUAAAACAUUUUCUAGUAGAAGUACAUAAUGGGUUAUUUUGCUGUUUUAAAAAGCUAUCUUUGGAAGGGUAGUCAGUUAAUGGAUGACCAUUUUUUCCAGCCUUGGUGCCUGCUCUUACACUGUCAUCACACAAGGGAUUAAUAAGGGGCUGAGGAUCUGUUUCUGUUUCCUAGUUGACACCCCUUUGCAUCUCUUUUCACUUCAGCUGGAAUUUUGGGCAAAUCUCCUUAGUAAGGAUAAGUAACCUUAGGGGAAAAAAAUAUAUUAAUACCAGGAAGAGUUAAGUUUUGACAAAGGUCUAGGGGUAGGGUAAGGAUGGGGCUCCCCUCUUCGGGGCUUGAUUACUGAAAAGGAUCUCUUGACCCAAACAGAAUCUUCUCUCCUAACUCCACUCUUCUCUACGAACACAGUAGUGAAAAUGCUCCCAGUGAAAAUGAUGAGCACACAGGUUUGUAACAAGUGGGGAUGGUUAGUAGGCCCACUGGGAAUUUGCAUAAGCACUGUCAAUUGCCUUCUCACUCUUCCUGGGGAUUCGUGCAUAUUCAGCCAAUGGUAUAUGUCUUUCCCUAGAGAAUGAGGGGCCAAGGAGAAGCAGCUUCAGUCACCAAAGGGGUAGGAUGGAAAUUCCUCCCGAGUAUUAGAUUUUGAAGGCAAUCUGUUAAGGCAGAGUGAACUGAGACCUCAGACUGUCUCAACUAAUUGUUACAGUGUCAGUAAAACUCUAAUGCCACAGUGAAUGAAUUAACAACAAGCAGUGACAACAUCACCUCUCAAAAUGAGCUGCAUCAGAGGCACUCAUAAAUAUAUAAACACAGGGAAGUUUGGGUGGCUUUAAAAUUAGCCCUGAUCUUUUACACUGAGUGAAGGUAUUUCUGGGCAAAAGAAAGUCUAUUCUGGUAAGAAGUGUUAACCCUGGAGAGAGGGGCCUCUCACUGAUGGGUGGCAGUGGGGGAAGCAUCUUGCCUCUCUUGCUCUGUGGCCAUUUCUGAGCACCACCUCCUCUGCCAGGCCCAGUGUGCCCAGGCUUCCAAUAGCUGUAACCCAAGCAGGGUGCUGGAAGGGUUUUCAUCAGGUACCAUGGGUGUCAAAAACAUGUCCGCAUCCCCUCCCCUCAGAGCCACAGAGCUUAGUCAAAGUUCCUAAAUUUCUAGGGUCACAACAACCUAAAGCAUUAAAGCAACGCUGGCUCGACCCCAUGGAAUGAGCAGCUCAGCCCAUUGCCUAGGCCAGGCCAAGGUCCCCGUGCAGAUUUAGAAAGUCAAGGGCUUGUUGGACAGAGGGACAGGGAUCCUUGCCUUUGUAGAAUUUGAAUUAUGCAUUAAAUAAAAGAACAAGAAGAGUUUACUACUUCUUGAUACUGUAUAUUUCUUAGUCAAAUGACUACGAAAUAGUGAAUAUUUUCUGUUAUUUAAAAAAUCCUAUCAUAUUCUCAUCUGAUAGUUACUUUUUUCAAAGGACAACCACAUUCUCAAUUCCUCAGACUGAAACAUUCGACAGUUUUUAUAGUUUCCACAGCUUAUAAAGACAAAGGCAUUUGGCUGCUUGCAUUUUAAUUUUCUUGAAGACCUAAAAAUGGUUGGCAGAUCAGAAUGAAUAAACAGCCUUCAGUAGUAAGUCCCCAAACCCUCACACUUUUUUUACUCAAGCUAUUACCAUGUAGCACAAUUCAUCCAAUUUUUAAAAAAUAUAUUAUGAAACAUUUCAGUUAUGCAGAAAAGUAUGGGUAACAUAACAAAGACCUUUGAACUCACUAUUCAAUAUAAGAAAUAAAACAUGACCCAUCCAGUUGAAGUCCCCCUAUACCUACCCCAUCCCCAGGUAACUACUUUUUUUAAUUUGAUAUCAUUCCCAUGCUCUUCUUAUUUUACUAUGGUUUUGUUUUGCAUGUUUUAAAACUUCAUAUUAAAUUAUAAUACAUAUUAUAUGCAUUCAUCUGUAGUUUUCUUUUUCCCCUUGACUUUGUAAUCAUGAGAUUCAUCUAUGUGGUUAUAUACACACAUACAUAUAUCAAACAUUUAUAUAUCACAUACAUAUAUAAUAUAUACAUAUCACAGUUUACAUAUUCAUUGCUAAAUAUUGCUAAAUUGUUUCACAAAGGGGCUAUACCAGUUUGAAUACCCACUAUCAAUAUAUAAAAGAAUUCUUGUUGCUUUCUAUCUUUAACAAAGCUUGGUAGUUUUUGCAGUCUGAUAGGUGAAAUGGUACCUACCUCAUUGAAGUUUUAGUUUGUAUUUCUGGUUGUUAAUGAGAUUAAGCAUGUUUAUUUCAUCAGAUUUCAACUCUUUGAAUAAUCUGUUUAUAUCUUUUGAGUGUUAUUCUAUUGAGAGGUUUUGGUUUGGUUUGGUAUUUCUCAUUACCUUAUAGGAAUUCUUCAUGUAUUCUGAAUGUUAAACCUUUCUCAUUUCUGUGCACUGCAAGAAUCUUUCCUCAGCAUGUCUUUCUACUUUGCUUAUGGUGAAUUUUGGUGCACAAAUAUUUUAGGUUUUCAUAUAGUUACAUUUUAUCAGUCUUUCACUUUUGCUUUGUCCAGAUCUUGUCUAAGAAAUACUUCCCUACCUCAAGAUCAUAAAGAUAUUUUCCGGUCGGACAUGGUGGCUCACUCCUGUAAUCCCAGCACUUUGGGAGGCCAAGGCAGGUGGAUCACCUGACGUCAGGAGUUUGAGACCAGCCUGGCCAACAUGGUGACACCUCAUCUCUACUAAAAAUGCAAAAAUUAGCUGAGUGUGGUGGUGGGCGCCUGUAAACUCAGCUACUCGGGAGGCUGAGGCAGGAGAAUCACAUGAACCCAGGAGGUGGAGGUUGCAGUGAGCCAAAAUCACCCCACUCGCACUCCAGUCUGGGUGACAGAGUGAGACUCCGUCAAAAAAAAAAAAGUAUUUUCCAAUAUUUUCAUCUAAAAGCUCCAAGUUUUGCAUUUCACAUUUAGUCCUUUAAAUCUUUCUUGAGCUUAAUAUUUGUGUUUGAUUUGGGGUAGUGAUCCAUUUUCUUCUGUUGGGAAAACCAGCGGUCCCAGUACCACUUAUUGACUAGCCCACCUCUUCCUCACCAAUCCUGCAAGGCCAGUUCUGUCAUCUGUCAAGGCUUGGGCUCUCUGCCCUGUUCCACUGGUCUUUUUGUCUACCCCGGCUGACAAACAUGCUGUCUUAAUUACUUUAUUUAAAAAAAAUAAAAUAAAAGGGUCUUUAGCAUCCAGUAAAGCAAGUUCCUCCAACCUCAUUCUUUCUCAAAAUUAUUUUGGCCAUUUUGGGCACAACUUUAAUCUUUCUCCUCUUCUGGAUUUGCCCUAGCCUACUACAAGCAAUCAAAUGGCAAGACUUAAAGUAAGCAGAAGGGAGAAAUCAAGCCAAAGCCAGCCCUGGAUAAUCCAUAAGCUGAAUAUUUGGCUCCUAAUAACUAAGACAUUGCUGUGUAGUAAAGAGUAUAGAAAGCCUAUAUAUUAAUAAAAGUAGAGUAUGUGUUUACAAAAAAAAAAAAAACUAUUUUUUUUAAUCUUUUCCAGGCUAUAGUAAGGGCCACAUUUAAAAAUAGAAACUGGAGCCCAUCGUCUGGUCAGUACCAAGGUUCUUGCCUUUAUUUUUAAAAAUACUACUUUUAAAUCUAUUUUCUGCAUACAGGUAGUCACAGAGAGUUUUGUGAAAUAGUGCUAAAACUGUUCCCUUUUGCCUAGAUCCCUCAGAACAUCCAAACCAAAGGUCAGUCACUAGGAGAAACCCCAGGAACGUGCUAAUUCCAUCACAGCAGGGCCUAAGAAUGAGGUCAUCUUUCUCUAGUUCAAGGGAGACCUUAGUUUCCUGCUCUCAGCGACAUUUCCGUAGCCUCAUGAUAGCUGCUUGGU